CUUCCCUGGUUUCGCAACCCAAAAUGCAAAAGCACAAAAAACGCGCCCAAUCUUCCCGUCUCCUCGACCUCGCUGCAGUUCUCUCUGACUAAUCGAAACAAUUGAAGAACGCAGAGAAUGAUGCAAGAACCCUCGCAUAUUUGACACCGUACCCAGGUGCCGACACGGCACGUUGCUUCGGGGCGACGACCUGGCCCACCCUCACCCACUUUUCCUACACUCGGGUGGUACAACUGCAACGUGUCGCUCGUAGGGGACGCCCUAACAAAUAUUCACUUUUAUACAAUGGACAGCACCGGGCUAUCUUCAGGCGAAGUCAUGGCUAAACUGGUUGAAAUGGGAUUUGAAUAUCCAUCUGUUGAGGAAGCUAUAGAAGCAGUGGGUCCGUCAGUAGAUGAUGCCAUUGAGUUUAUUCUGAAUGAUUCUCGUAGGAACAACAAGGGUGUGUCAAGUAGUUCCCAAUGUUCCAUCAGCAAUGGAAAUGCUCUGGGUAAAAUAGCCUCAUCCUUGUCACAUUCUUCAGGUCAAAUGAGACAGUCUAGCAUAACAGAACAUCUUAAAUUUAUGAGCAGACCCAAGCGAAGCAGGACUAAUGCUUCAUCGGAUGUGUCAGGCUCUGAGUCGCUGGUGUUGCCCAAGCCUGUGGAAGAACAUGAGGAGCUUUUGUCUAGUAUGGGUUGUAAUAUGCAGGCCGUGCCAGAAUCACAGCCAGUUUACUACCAACAAGAAUUGGAGAUUGGAUCAGAUUGGGAGCAAAAGGCCAAUGAUAUCUUGCGCAAGCAUUUUGGAUAUUCAUCCUUGAAAAGUUUCCAAAAGGAAGCACUGGCUGCUUGGGUAGCUCGCCAAGAUUGCCUUGUUCUUGCUGCCACUGGAUCUGGGAAGUCUCUGUGCUUUCAGAUUCCUGCAUUAUUGACAGGGAAGGUUGUGGUGGUAAUCUCACCCCUGAUAAGCUUGAUGCAUGAUCAGUGCCUAAAACUAGCAAAACAUGGGGUAUCAGCUUGUUUUCUUGGGUCUGGACAGCCAGACAGUAGGGUGGAGAAGAAAGCGAUGAGUGGCAUGUAUGACAUUAUUUAUGUAUGCCCAGAGACAAUACUGAGACUGAUAAAACCACUUCAGAGGCUUGCUGAGACUCGUGGGAUCGCACUGUUUGCAAUUGAUGAAGUCCAUUGUGUUUCAAAGUGGGGUCAUGAUUUUAGACCUGACUAUAGGCGAUUGUCUGCAUUGCGAGAAAACUUUAGCGCCUGCAGUUUGAAUUUCUUAAAAUAUGAUAUACCACUGAUGGCAUUGACUGCUACUGCUACGAUUCGUGUUCGAGAAGACAUUCUGCAGUCACUGUGCAUGUCAAAAGACAUAAAGAUUGUGCUCACUUCAUUUUUCCGGCCAAAUCUUCGAUUUUAUGUAAAGCAUAGUAGGACAUCUUCUCCAUCUUCUUAUGAGAAAGACUUUCAUGGCUUGGUAGAUGAAUACACUAAAAAGAGAAUGAAUGGUCUAAAGAAACAUUAUGUGUCAAAAGAUUCAGAUAGUGCAUCUGAUGACUCCAGUAGCAGUGCCAAUGACAGUAUGAAUGACAUCGACAAUGUUGAAGAUGGUUACUUUGAUGAAAAUGAUGAUGAAGUAAAUUCUGCAGAUGAGAAGAGCUCUACUUUUUCAAAGGGGAGACAACUGUCAGUUAAAUAUCUGGAAGAUGAGGCUGACGUCAUUCAGACUGUGGAUGACUGGGAUGUUGGCUGUGGUGAAUUUUUUGGACAAUCUCCUGCCGAGGACUGGGGGUUAUGUGAAUCUUCUGAGGCACUUGUUCCACCAACCAAGUUAGAAGAAAGAUUAAGACUUUUUCAUGAGCCCCUAGAACAUGGACCAACUAUCAUAUACGUCCCUACUAGGAAAGAAACAUUGAGCAUCGCGAAGCACCUUUGUAGACUUGGUGUCAGGGCAGCUGCUUAUAAUGCAAAGUUACCAAAAUCACAUCUAAGACGUGUUCACAAGGAAUUUCAUGAAAAUGAUUUAGAGGUUGUUGUUGCAACAAUUGCUUUUGGAAUGGGGAUUGACAAAUUGAACGUACGACGGAUCAUUCAUUAUGGUUGGCCACAGAGUUUAGAAGCAUAUUACCAAGAAGCAGGUCGAGCUGGAAGGGAUGGCAAAUUGGCAGACUGCAUUUUAUAUGCAAACCUGUCAAGGAUUCCCACACUUCUGCCAAGUCAAAGGAGUCAAGAGCAGACAAAACAAGCUUAUAAAAUGUUAUCUGACUGCUUUAGAUAUGGAAUGAAUACUUCACAUUGUCGGGCCAAAAUGCUUGUGGAGUACUUCGGGGAGGAUUUUAGUUAUGAGAAGUGUCUUUUGUGUGAUGUCUGUGGUGAUGGACCUCCUGUGAUGCAGAAUUUGAAAGAGGAAGCAGAUAUUUUCAUGCAGACUAUUGCUGCUUAUUACGGAAGGUGUAGUUAUGUAGAUGACUCAUUUGAUGAUUUAACAUGUGAUAUUAAACGAGGGAGAUUCAUGGAGAAGCCAAACAUCCGGAUGCUCGUCAGUAGAAUAAGGGAACAGUCUCAAAAAUUUAUGGCAACUGACAUGCUAUGGUGGAGAGGUCUUGCUAGAAUUUUGGAGGAUAAAGGAUACAUUAGAGAGGGAGAUGGCAAGACGUGUGUUCAGACAAAAUUCCCAGAGCCAACAAAGCUAGGAUUGGAAUUUUUGCAAUCCAAUGCACAUCUAACGUUCAACAUUUACCCUGAAGCAGAUAUGCUGCUCUCCAUGAGAAACCCCAAAUCUUUUUCUACAUUCUCAGAAUGGGGAAAAGGCUGGGCUGAUCCUGAAAUUCGUCGCCAGCGCUUAGCAAUGAGGCAAUCUAGAAGAAAGCCACGGAAAAGAAAAUCUAAGAAAGGUCGCCCAGAUAUGAAAACAGUUCGAGGAAGAUUGUCAGCAAAACUAUUGAAACAGAAACAAUAAAUUGUACAAUGUUCUCUGAAGUUGUUUUCCAUUUCAUCUAUAUCAAUUAAUGUACAUCUUGAAGUUUGGAAUCAGUUUUUGUUCUUGUGAUUGUUGUCACAGACAAUUCCCACAAAUAAUUGACAAAUAGUGCUAGAAUUGCGUUA